CCAACGAAGAACCAAACUGCCUACCAUAUCCUAAGCAAAUCGAUUCCAUCAAUACAUAGCACAUCUGCCUCGUUUCUUUGAUCGUUGGAUUUUCUCGUCAUGUCUGGAAAUGCUGAAGGCGAACAUAUUCCAGUUCCAACCACCUCGGCCCCAGUGCUGGCAGCGGCCCCACCAUCUCAAAGCCUGCAAGAAUCUCAUCCUCAAAACCCACCUUAUGUGAACCAAAUGGUAGAGGAUAUCAUCUCAAAAGCAACCGCAUACUUUCCUCAGUCUUCCUCCGUGACACCUCUCACAUUCUCAAACCAAUUCAACCCAUCACAAUAUCCAUUAGGUCCUCAAUCAUACAACAUGCACCAUUGGAGCCCAUCAGAUGUCUCAGCACAACCAAUGCACCACAUGAUGGCCCAGCCUCAAGUUCCUAUCUCUUCAUCACAAAUACCAAGCCCUUCGGUCGAUCCCAGGAGUCAUUUACCCCAAGACAUAUUGCACAUUCUCCAAUCCGAUUUUACCAGCGAUUCUGCCGACAACCAAGCCCGGAAAGAUCAACAGAUCAGUCGUGUUGCCGAAGAAUUGCGAGUCAAGGUUCGCUUGAGUCGAUACACACGGGUCCGUGAUCAACUGUCAGAUAGUGAAGAUGAAGUCAGUGAGCAGGGCAAAGAAAGCGACAUAUCUGAGGACGAGAGUGAGGAGGGCAGUGAGAAAAACUCGGAGGAUCGCAUGAAUAACCGAAAAGUCAAUCCUCAAAGUGAUAUUGAUGAUGAAGCUGAUCUCGUCGAUGGCAGCGGUGAUGAGGAAGAAGAACGGGCAAAAAACAAUAAAGUUUUGGCCAAGCUCAAGAUGGAGAUAGAAAGCAUUAUCGGUAUCCCUGAAUCAGCUACUGGUCCCACGGAGGAAGCCGCUGAAACCAUGACGACGACUAUCCAACCGGACGAAAAGCCAACAAUAACCAACGAACUCGAACUACUGACUGAAAUUGAAGCUGUCGCAGAAGCACCGGAACACGUUCAGAUCUCAACUAUUGCUGAGCCGGAAGAUGCUCCCGCUGUAACAUCGAUUCCAGAAGACCCAUCGGUAACCGAGCUUCUCGCCAAAGUCAAAUCUCAAAUCGACCAGCUCAAUAAAAGCUCAGAACCCACAUCAAUCAUAAUCCCGUCGGAAACUCGUAUAAAAGAAGAAUCUCCACCGAAUCCAGAACCUGAAACUGUGACUCCAGCCAGCCUAUCAACUCCAACCACAGUUGAAGCUAAACCUGCGCCGCAAGGGUCCAGUUCCCAGGUUAAGCCGCAGACGUCCAACCCCCGCAAGAAAGCCCCGCCCAAGAAACGUGUGGGGAGGUCCGCGGACUCUGGAGAUGAAUCCGAUGACGAAGGUCAAGAAAGCUACCUUGCCACAGCGGGACCGACAACAGCCAACGAACUCAAAGAACCACCUUCUGAAGUGGUAGAGGUGCCCUUUACGAGGGUCACAGAUGAGGAGCUUAAGUCGAUCAAUCCUUUUGGGUCGAUUUCUUCGCUCAUCGGAAACGUGCUGGUCAUCCAAGGUACUGCUGGGCUAGGAUACGAUCGCGUGUUGGACGAGGGCACUUUGGUCUGUCAAAAGGACGGUCUGGUGAUUGGUAAAAUCUUCGAGACCUUUGGCUCGGUCACCAACCCACAUUAUAGCAUCAGAUUGCCGAAUCAUAUCUUAGCUUCCCACCCUCGAAAUGAUAAAGAAGGGCUGGACCUCUCUCCCGGAUUGGUUAUGUACUACCUACCCACACACUCAAACUUCGUCUUCACGGCUGAACUCAGAGCACAGCCGAAAGGAACAGACGCCAGUAACUUUUACGACGAGGAAGUCGGGAACGCCGAUGAGAUUGAAUUCAGCGAUGAUGAGGCUGAAGCGGCAUAUCGCAAAGCAUGUAGAUUAGCCAAGAAAACCGCAAACGAUCCUCAUCCGAACCCUCAUCAUCAAAACCAUCCUCGAGAGAAUAAUCAUCAAGACCACGCUCGGGCCAAUAAUUCGGUCCAAGUCUCCGAAAACGGAAGACGGAUGUUUGUCAAAAUGACUUCAGAUCGGUUAAACUAUGGUACAGAUGACGGUGAUUUACCGAGUCAAAGUGGAACCGUAGAGUCUGAUUACAGCCUACUGCAGAGGCCGAAAGCUAGUAAUGAUCCUUCGAUGUCGAUGUCUACUCCUACGCAUUCCAACAACAAACAGUCUUCAUCACAAAGAUCGAGGGGGAAAAAGCGAGCACCUGGUGGACGGGAUAGGAAUCGCAAGAAGUUUCCUUCCCAGACAUCACAUGCCUCAUCCAGUCAACCCGGUCCUACGAGCUCAGUAAGUGGUACAAACGGCGGUUCCAAUCAUCCCAAUGGAAAUUCACGGGCAAACUUUCAAGCCGACAGAACUUCCACCAAUCCCGGAAUUCAGAGUCAACUCAAUUCCCUUCCUGCUAAUCCUAAUUCAAAUCUUCUGCAAUCCCCAAGAGAUGUGCAGGGUAGCUUGAUGUCCACCCUGGGAAAUAUGAACAUGAACUUUGUCACACAACCGCCCUCUCACUCACUCCAACAGAGCAUGCACUCUUUACCUUAUACACCGAUGUGGACGGCGCCCAACGGAAUGGCAAUGACUCAGAACCCAAUGAUGAUGUCGAUGAUGAUGAAUCAGAACGCUUAUUAUCAAUCCAACGCUGGGAUCCCUUCCUAUAACCCUCAUCUCCCUGCCCAUUCUUCCAAUCCCAUCCUCCAAUUCGGUCUUCAACACCCCAACUUCGCAUCCGUUCCUCCUGCCCAACAACUAUCUUCUCAACAUCCUUCAUCGAAUCCCUCCUUUCAGUUUUCUCAGCUUUCUCAGCAGCCUCAGAACCAUCAAGCUCAAAAUCAAGCUCAGAACAAUCAGCCCUCUCACCCGUUUCCUACUACCCCUAAUUUCUCAACCGGUGGUCACUUUAAUCCUUCGUUCUAUAGACCCCCUUGAUCGUUUUCUUUUUCUUUUUGUCAAGGAUAGUUUGGUCUGCAUUCUUUUCUUCUGUCGCUUUGAUUUCCUUCCAUUUCUUUUACUUGGUCUUGUUCUCGUUAUAUUUUUCUUUGUGUAUUCGAUCGUUUUUUUUAAUAAACAAAAAGAAACAGGAAGUGUGAUGAUACAAAAUGAAGUGUGAUGAUAUAAUUCCAAAAGAAUAGGGGGAAAUCCCAGUAUGUAUCGG